AUGGGCGCCUCAUUGGGCGCUUACAAAUACACCUACAGAUCAAAAUGGACCAUGUGUACUCUACCCUGGCAACCCGACUUCCUGUCCCGAACUAAAUAUGUACCCUAUAACAGCACAUCACCAGCACAACCCACCAAUGACCCCAGCACUUGUCAUUGUACCGGUUGUCACGCCCCACCUGGUGCGGAUUACCUUUGUAUCGAGCCCGAUACACUGACCAGCCAGGCACAAAUGUGCAGACUCAAGUACUCCAAAGUAACUGGUCAGCAACGCACCGCAGGUGACCCAAGACUUACAAACUGCUCGCGUAUCACCUGCAAACCCUACCCGGUGACCCCAGCAAGUACAAACUUACCGGUUGUCACGCCCCACCUGGUGCGGAUUACAUUCUGA